AUGUCGCCAAUUAUUGCUGGCAGGGAGCGGGGGAAGCGCAGCGGCCACGGCGCCGCCGGCGCACACACUCGGCGGACGCCCGCCGCGCAGCACGCCGACGCCGACGCCGACGCCGACGCGACGCCGGCGCCGACCGACGCCGUGCCGACGCGGGGGCGUGGCUCCGGUGCGACAAACGAACGGAAGCUAGCAGCCGUUGACCAGCGGCUGUCUGAAGCUGCAGGGGACACCUCACGCCUCACAUCAAAGCACUCUUCCUUCUCCGCAAGCGCAGCCCGCUGGAUUUCAGAACGAUCCGCAAAAGUUUGAAAGAGCUGCCGUGUAAGCAUGUUUGUGUACAAGAAAAAUGUGAUAUAAGACUUUAGAAACAAACGAAAGGGUCUGUGAAAUUCCCACUGUAUGCUGUCAUACGAGAUGUGAAAUACACGAGAUUGACUGUAAUGAAAAGUGUAAAAUUAUGCCAAACCUUGCUUUAUCCUUUAUGCCACAACACUUAAAAACACAAGGUUCUGAGAGCAGAGUAAGAAGCAAAGAAAUUUUUACAUCACGCCUCAAGUGAUUCCGAAGAUCUUGGAUUUAACAGAAUUAGCGCUGAUCGCUGUUCACGUUUCUGAUUCAGUUUGCCGUAAUUUACAGAAACCACUUCUUCUGUAUUUGUGAUGGAAGAAGUGAAACCUUUUUAAGUGUAGCACUUUUUAGUAUAGCACUAGAAGUUGAUAAAUGAGCAACAUUCCACUUGCUACUAGUGUCGACCAAUACGAUCAUCAUCUGGCUACAUAAAACGUCAUUGGAGUGUAUCUGUCAUUAUUACUUUUUGCGUCUACUAGAAACUUGAAGAAUAGGAUUCCAUUACAUAUCACUCAUACUGCUAUCGUCAUAAUGAACAAUCAUAACUGUCCCAAUAUCAAUAUUCCCUACUUACUUUCACCUACUUACGGCAUUCCUACUGCAUCGUACGCAUGUUGAUUAGUGUUUAAAGCAAUGCAUUUAUUGUCCAUAACUGUUCUGUAAGAACUGUACCACGAGAAUAUCGUGAGGACAGGAGGUUAAAUACAGCCAAGCGAGCAAGUAA